ACUUUUGUGGUCAUGCCCUUCAUAAGUCAUCUGAUUUCGAGUCGGGCGGCGUCAUUGUAAACAGAAUGAGAGCCUGCCAGGAUGUAAAGCGAGAGAAUUCGCGGUCGUAUCGGACAGUUUAUUUAACAGCGAUUUGCUUAGCCUUCCUCUCAGUUGUUAGGGAAUGUAGGUCACGUAUAAUAUCAGCCUAUGUGAUGCCACACGGAGGUAUCGCUUUAGAUCCCGGCCACUUCAACACGACAAACACAACCGCGAAAACUGAGGCCUGGGAAAUACAUCGAGCUUGUGUAGACGUGGGCAAGGAGAUUGCAUCUGUCUAUCCCGAUGUAAUUUUACUCAGUACCCCGCACGGAAUAGCCGACUACAGUAACUUUGUGCUUUAUCUGAACAGGCGUGGCGUCGGCUUUGCUGACACUGACAACUGUGUAUGUCCUCCAUGUUGUUACAUGGUCAACGUGUCUUUAGCCAGUGAAAUCGCGGCUCGAAUCCGCGACGAAUUCAGCGCCCAAAGUAACGUCAGUGGGCUGAGCUCAUUCGGGCCACCGGGGGGUGAAGGGGUAGAACCAUUUCCGUUGAGAUGGGCGGAGGUUAUUCCACUUCAUUUCGUGCCAUUCCUAAACGAAAGUGAGACUAAGACGGUGAUAUUGUCUCAGCCCAGUAGGAGAUACACAGAGGAUGUGGCCAUGAUCCCAGAGCUUCUCACUCUCGGACAGAAUCUGUACACGUUUCUGGAAGAGUUAGACGAAAGAGUUGUUGUGAUCAUAAGUUCUGACCUGGCCCACACUCAUGACAAAAGCGGCCCAUACGGGUACUCAAACGCGUCACAGCCUUUCGAUGACGCCUGUGGAAAGUGGGCGUCUACUCUGGACGCGGACUCACUCCUGAAGACCGCCGCUGAGUACGUAGACCGGGCUAAGUCCUGCGGUUACACGGGCCUCGUCAUGCUUCACGGUCUGAUGCUCUCUGCAGGCUCUUUUUCCUGGCACCCAGAGCUCUACGUCAACCAUCACCCGAGCUAUUACGGCAUGAUGGUCGCUUCCUUCACAAGAAAAAUAGCAUGAGUGACAUAUGCAAUUUCCGCUGAGGCAUUGGGAUUUGUAUUAUUUGAUAAAAAAUAUUGGUCUUGAUAUUUAUUAAAGA